GUCGCUGUUACGCCAUUUUGGCUCCCAGAGCCCGUCUUUCCUAAUGUAAAACAGGGCUUUGAGCCAAAAUGGUAAUUGUUUCCCGAGCUCGUCUCGCGUCUGUCAGCUGAUCACGGCUCAUCCCUUUCGGAAAUACAUUUCUUAAGGGCCCUGGAACAUUGAGUAGUAAGAGAAGACACACUCAGGAUGGACACUUCCAAGCUUCCUAAAAUCCGUGAUGAGGAGCGGGAAAGCGAGUUUGGAUAUGUGCAUGGAGUUUCUGGUCCAGUGGUGACGGCCACCGCCAUGGCAGGAGCGGCCAUGUACGAGCUGGUGCGUGUGGGCCACAGUGAGCUGGUGGGAGAGAUCAUCAGGCUGGAGGGAGACAUGGCAACUAUUCAGGUCUACGAGGAGACCUCUGGUGUGUCUGUCGGAGACCCUGUCCUUCGGACAGGAAAGCCCCUGUCUGUAGAGUUGGGGCCGGGAAUCAUGGGCUCCAUCUUUGAUGGUAUCCAGCGUCCCCUCAAAGACAUCAAUGACCUCACUCAAAGCAUUUAUAUCCCUAGAGGAGUAAACAUUGGAGCCCUCAACCGUGACCUCAAGUGGGAGUUUACACCUGGCCAGAGUCUUAGAACCGGCAGUCACAUAACAGGUGGGGAUAUCUAUGGCACAGUGUUUGAGAACUCCCUGAUCAAGCACAAGUUGAUGCUCCCACCCCGGAGCAGAGGCACUGUCACCUACGUGGCCCCACCUGGAAACUAUGAUGUCAAUGAUGUGGUGCUGGAACUUGAGUUUGAGGGUGUGAAGGAGAAAUUUACCAUGAUCCAGGUCUGGCCAGUGCGACAGAUUCGCCCGGUCACAGAGAAGCUGCCUGCCAAUCACCCCCUGCUUACUGGCCAGAGAGUGCUGGAUGCCCUCUUCCCGUGUGUCCAGGGAGGCACCACUGCUAUCCCAGGAGCCUUUGGUUGUGGCAAGACUGUGAUCUCACAGUCCCUGUCCAAGUAUUCCAACAGUGAUGUCAUCAUCUAUGUGGGCUGUGGAGAGCGUGGAAAUGAGAUGUCUGAAGUUUUGAGAGAUUUCCCUGAGCUUACAAUGGAAGUGGAUGGAAAGGUUGAAAGUAUCAUGAAGAGAACAGCGCUUGUGGCCAACACUUCCAACAUGCCUGUCGCUGCUAGAGAGGCCUCCAUUUACACAGGAAUCACUCUGUCUGAGUACUUCAGAGACAUGGGCUACAACGUCAGUAUGAUGGCCGACUCCACCUCCCGAUGGGCAGAGGCUCUCCGGGAGAUCUCAGGACGAUUAGCUGAGAUGCCUGCUGACAGCGGGUACCCUGCCUACCUGGGAGCCAGACUGGCCUCCUUCUAUGAGCGUGCUGGCAGGGUGAAGUGCCUGGGCAACCCAGAGAGAGAGGGCAGCGUCAGCAUUGUUGGAGCUGUGUCCCCCCCUGGUGGAGACUUCUCUGAUCCUGUUACUUCAGCUACACUGGGUAUUGUACAGGUGUUCUGGGGUCUGGAUAAGAAGCUGGCCCAGAGAAAGCAUUUCCCCUCAGUGAACUGGCUGAUCAGCUACAGCAAGUACACGCGGGCGCUGGACGAGUACUACGACAAGCACUUCCCUGAGUUUGUGCCGCUUCGCACCAAAACCAAGGAGAUCCUGCAGGAGGAGGAGGAUCUGGCUGAGAUAGUACAGCUUGUGGGAAAGGCAUCUCUCGCUGAGACCGACAAGAUCACAUUGGAGGUUGCUAAACUACUCAAGGACGACUUCCUGCAGCAGAAUGGCUAUACUCCAUACGACAGGUUCUGCCCAUUCUACAAAACAGUGGGCAUCCUCUCCAAUACAAUUGCGUUCUACGACUUGGCGCGACAUGCAGUGGAGACCACGGCUCAGAGUGACAACAAGAUCACCUGGUCCAUGAUCCGGGAGCACAUGGGAGAGAUCCUCUACAGGCUCAGCUCCAUGAAGUUCAAGGACCCAGUGAAGGAGGGCGAGGUCAAAAUCAAAGCAGACUACGCCCAGCUACUGGAGGACAUGCAGAACGCCUUCCGUACCCUGGAGGACUGAGCUCUCACCUCCCCCUCCACUCUGAGCCCCCCAGUCCCAGUGCUGUGCCGUGCAGUAUCUCAGUGGCCCGUUUGUGAAACCUUGCUGCAGUGACAUUCACCUCAGUCAUUCCUAAGUGUUCAUUCCUCCACAUUCCAAUAAUAUGUUCAAGCCCUUCAUUACAACCAUGCUCUUUUUAUUUCACAAUAUUGUCUUGUACAAGGCAAUACUGGAAUAAUUUUUCUCAACUUAAAUUCAUUGCUACCAAAUCUCACCAUUAGUCUAUUACCAUUAGAAAUACCAUUAUCCCUGACCCCAUCGCAUGGAUGUGCUCCUCCUCACCCUUCAGCCCCCUUGUCAUCCAUGAGAACAUGACUACAGCCCUUAUUGCAGGCCAAUAAUCAGUGGGCCCUGAUCAGGUGCUACACUUGCACUUAGCUACUAGCUGCAACACAGGGCCCCUCCAGCGGAGUGUCACUUUCAUCUCCCAGGUGGGACCACCACCAAUUGAUUGUUAACAAAAAUGGGAAUGUACACAUGAGUAAAGGGACAGAGGCACCUUGUUUAUUUCAGGAGGUUGAGGCCCUCUUCCUCUCCCCACCUCACAGAUGUGAUUUUUGCGGUGUAUUGAUGUUGUUGACGUUAAUGUUGUUUUUGUGUGGAUGUGUGAGACUGAGACAGUGUGUGUGUUAGAAUCGGUUGUCUCCACAAAGGUAUAUUUAUGUCACAUGUAUUGUAAGGAGUCUCUAAAGAAAAUAAAUUAAUGGGAAACAA